CGUUUAUUUCAGAAUUAAUUUAUUUGUUAUAAAUUAAUACAUAUUUAUAACUUAAUUUUUUUUUAGUAAGAUGUAUAAGUUUGCAAUUUACAAUUCUCACGUUAUUUUUGCGGUUUUCGCAUUGGUUCAUAUCGCUGAGGGUUGUUCCUACUUUGAUAAAUUGACAAACGCAUGCCCUGCCACGUUAGACAUGUUUGCUGAAAAGCACACCGCAGAUAUGCCAAAUCUCAAACCAACCUUUGUCAGUUGGUUGUCGUUAAAGAUAGAAGCAUCGGUAUCGUCCUCGCCUGACCAAGACCUGAAAAACAAUGUGCAAAAGACGUACGAAAUUAUGGUGGCAGCUUUCAACGAAAUUACCUCACAAGAAGAAAAGAAACGAUUGGCUUACGAUGCCGAAUUGGUGGAAAUACAAAACGGUGCAAACAAAGAUGACAAACAAUGCAUUGUUCCGUUAACAGUGGAACUGUUAAGUUGUCCAUAGCAAUAUAAUAGGUACAUAAAUUGUACUCGACAUUUUUAACACAAGUCGAGCACGAAUAA